CUCCAAAUCUCCCCUGCCACAGGUUUCCAAUUGACUGCUCGAUAGGAAACUCAGGUGGGACCUGAGGCUCACACGUCCCCUGCUGGUAGGUGGGCGCAUGCGCCGCGCGCGCUCUCGCAAGCUGGCCCGGGGCGAGUAGAGCUGCCAGAUACUUUUGCCAUAUGAAGUUGAACAUGGCAGAAGAAGAGGACUAUAUGUCAGAUUCCUUCAUUAAUGUCCAACAAGACAUCAGACCAGGAUUGCCAAUGCUGAGGCAGAUCCGAGAAGCCCGUCGAAAAGAAGAAAAGCAACAGGAAGCUAAUUUGAAAAAUAGGCAGAAGAGUUUAAAAGAAGAAGAACAAGAAAGACGUGACAUUGGGUUGAAGAAUGCACUAGGCUGUGAAAACAAAGGAUUUGCUCUGCUCCAAAAGAUGGGAUAUAAAAGUGGUCAGGCCCUUGGCAAGAGCGGAGAAGGUAUUGUUGAGCCAAUUCCUCUCAACGUCAAAACAGGAAAAAGCGGCCUUGGUCAUGAGGCAUUACUGAAACGGAAAGCAGAGGAAAAACUAGAAAGCUACAGGAGGAAGAUUCACAUGAAAAACCAAGCUGAAGAAACAGCUGCAGAGCAAUUUCGACUGCGAUUUAAACAUAAGCAUGAUGAAGUGAAGCUGGAAGGGGACCUGAGGAGAAGCCAGCGAGCAUGCCAGCAGUUGGAUACUCAGAAGAACAUUCCGUUUCCCAGGGAAGCAUGGUACUGGUUGGGGCUUGAAGAGGAGACUGAGGAAGAGGAAGAGGAAGAAAAAGAGCCAGAUGAAGAUGAAUAUAAGAGUGAAGACAUAAGUGUACUGGAAAAAUUACAAAUAUUGACUGGUUAUUUAAGAGAAGAGCAUCUGUAUUGUAUUUGGUGUGGAACAGCCUAUGAAGAUAAAGAAGACCUCUCUUCAAAUUGCCCAGGACCAACUUCGGCAGAUCACGACUAAGAUUAUUCUCAGUAAAGUAGAAACUUGGGAAAUGUUUCCUAAAAAUAGACAAUUGAACAGUUAGAAUUCCCAGAUUAUGCCUAAAGAAAGAGGGCCUUUUAUAUGUUGUGUUCUUUUUGUAAGAAAUACUUUGUACUUUAUAGUUGUUCAUAGACUUCAAAAAAAUAAUGGAAUGCUAUUUCAGAACACCAGUGUUACAGACACGGGCAAUUACAAUUCAAGACUCGAUUGUGAUGCUUCUGGGGCUUAAGGAUACCUCUCUUAUUCCCCUCUUCACUCUGGAUCAAAUUGAGAAGUAAGACAUAGGAGUCAGAGAGAGAUCAAAGUGUCGGCUUUAUUUAUUUAUCAGUGAAGCUGGAGUAGAGAGCAAGGUUGACUCAUUCUCCUGUGAGGCUGCCUAAAAUAUCUCCCUGCCUAGACACAACUACAGACCUCUGCCUUGCCAGGGAUAGAGCCCACCUUUGCAUUCUGAGACCAUUCAGCUUUCAAGGUGAGAGAACCCACCAGGGGCUGGGCCACACAUGCUGACUUCCUCAAUUGUAUAAUUGAGCUCUAUUAUACGAUUGAAUAAUACUAUUUAAUAUUUACCUUUUCACUUAAAAAACAAUAAAAUUGAAUUAAUAGCUAAAACAAAGACGUUCAUCUUUCCUUGGAAUUACAGUCAGAUACUUCCUGUCCUCUUAGCCAAUAGCCUGAUACUCAUGCAGUCAUUUCCCAAAGCCACAUGGAUUGAUUUAGAUGGAACAGAGUUAGGCACCAACUUCUUUUUCUCCUGUUAAUGACCAUGGAGACCACCUGCCUAGUGGCCAAGAAUAUUUUUAAUAUGUUCAUGCAUAAUUAGGCUGAGAACAUACAAAUAACUUUGAUGGAGUCUGUGACUCUACCAGAGUUGUGGUCUGCAUUUCCAGGUCAAGGGCUAGAACUAGGCCUCCCUUGGAGAGUGGGAAGCAUCCCUCUAUUCUUAUCCAUCGACAAUGAAAAAUACAGGCUUUCAGUGAGUAAAAAUUUAUUUUUAUUAAUGUAAGUCUUUGUUGACUUCACAAGGACAAUAAUGAAAACCAACAGAAGCAAAACAUUAAAAAGAAUUUUUAAAUUUGCCUUAGUGAAUUUGAAUUUGCUUCAGUGAAAUUUAUGUGAAAUUUGAAACUUAAAUUUUAACAUGUCGUGUUAUUUACUUUUGUUUAUACUGUGCUAAGUUUUCAAAGUCUUAUCUAUAAUUUCUAAAGUGUUUCAUUUUCUUAAUAUAAAUCCAAAAUACCAGAGCUGCUAUAAUUCAAAAUAAACAGACUUUAACAUAGAAAUUGGUUUGCCUUAAA